AUGAUAGCGCCAUCUCGGGGAAUCGUGAAGCUGCAGCAAGCCUCGCACAAGCUGCUGGCAAGCGGUGGGAGGCGUAGCGGCCACAGGGGCAUUGCGUCGCUGGCCCAAACGAUUUGCGACCCCAUCCAGAGCUACGUCUCCGACAGCAACGACCCCUACCUCAACCUCUCCAUCGAACACUACCUCCUUCAAAAGUCGCCGCCCGACUCCACGAUACUCUUCCUCUACACUAACCGGCCUUGCAUAGUUAUUGGUCGCAAUCAGAACCCCUGGCUGGAAGUCAACCUGGGCAUACUGAAGGCGGGGAGCUCCACGACAGCAAAGGAGGACGGACAACCAGUCAUCGGCAAUGUGGACCUAGUCCGACGUCGCUCAGGAGGUGGCACCGUCUUCCACGAUGAGGGCAACGUCAAUUGGAGCGUUAUAUGCCCACCGACGGACUUCACCCGCGAUAAGCAUGCUGAGAUGGUCGUACGCGCGCUCCGCAAGCUGGGCAUCGACCGGGCUAGAGUCAACGAGCGACACGACAUCGUCCUAGACCAGGGCAAUCGAAACGGCAGAAGCGAUCCCCAGGACACCCACAGGACGCCGUACACAGUCGACGACGGAGCUGGUCCACGGCCGCUGAAGGUUUCGGGAUCGGCAUACAAGCUCACCCGGAACAGAGCGCUCCAUCAUGGAACCUGUCUCUUGCGCUCGCCAAAUCUCCAGGCUAUACCGCAAUACCUGCACUCGCCAGCAAAGCCAUACCUCAAAGCGCGAGGCGUCGAGAGCGUUAGCUCCCCGAUCGCGAAUAUCGGGUUGAGUAACCAGGCUUUCCAGAAGCAAGUGCAAGAUGAGUUUGCACGAAUGCAUUCCGGUGUACCGGCGGCGAUAGCGGUCGAUGAGUCGCUCUUGAGCACUCCUGAGAUCAGCAAGGGCUACGAUGAGCUCAGAGCCCUGGAUUGGACGUAUUCUCAAACCCCGCAAUUUACUUUGUUUAGCCACCCCGAAACCGACGAAGAUCCUCAUGCUCCGGUACACGAUCAUUUGGAUACAUCCCCAGUACCCUGGCUUCAUCCAAAGAUCCCGAUCAAUUUCAAGGUCCAGCAUGGUGCUAUUCUUGACGUCGGUUCAUCCAAAAUGUCGAAUCAGGAACUCGAAGUUUUAUCGACCUUGAAAGACCAAAGGAUACAAGAGCUGGAGAAAUUGACGGACGAGCUUGAAGGAGAAGAAGACGACAAUUCUAAGGCAGUUCGACCUAUCGCCAACUGGCUUGGGGCGAUGCUGCCAAUCGUACAUGUAUAA